AACUUUAAACACAUACAAACCACUCACACCCCACUUUACUUAUCUUCACUCUCACCACCACCAUUCUCUCCGGCAAUGCCGACGGUGUCGGUGCUCUCCCUCUCCUUUUUCUUCCUCCUUUCGCUCGCGGCCACCGUCAACGGCCACAAUAUCACCAAAAUCCUCGCGAAACACCCCGAGUUUUCCACCUUUAACCAUUACCUUACCAUCACUCACCUUGCAAAUGAAAUAAACCGAAGGCAGACCAUCACCGUGUGCGCCGUAGACAAUGCCGCUAUGUCCGAAUUAAUCGCGAAAGGCCUUUCGAUUCAAACGAUGAAAAAUGUCUUGUCUUUACAUGUUUUUGCUGAUUAUUUUGGGUCCAAAAAACUUCAUCAAGUUACUAAAGGCUCAACUUCCACUGCUACCAUGUAUCAAGCCACCGGUGAAGCCCCAGGAACAACCGGUUAUGUUCAUAUCACUGAUGUGAAGGGAGGAAAAGUCCGGUUCACACCCGAAGACAAUCCGGGGCAAACCGAUACAACAUACGUAAAAUCGAUACUCGAAAUGCCAUACAACAUUUCAGUUAUUCAGAUAAGUGCAGUAUUGCAAUCACCAGAAGCAGAGGCACCAACAGCAGCGCCAGAUCUAAACUUGACAUCUUUAUUACAAAGAGACGGAUGUCAAAAGUUUUAUAAUUUAUUAACAACUUCAGGGGCAAUUGGGACAUUUUUAAGUAGUGCUGAUGGUGGGGUCACAGUUUUUUGUCCUGGGGACGAUGCAGUAGAUGCAUUUGCCCCCAAGUACAAAAACCUGACGGCUUCAGAAAAGACGUCAUUGUUAUUGUACCAUGGAAUUCCUGUUUAUAAUUCCAUGGGUAUGCUUAGAUCAAGCAAUGGGUUGAUGAAUACAUUGGCUACCGAAGGAGCGAAAAAGAAGUAUGAUUUUACAAUACAAAAUGAUGGAAAUGAUGUUACAUUGAAGACUAAAGUUGUGACAGCUACAAUAAGUGGAACAGUUGUGGAUGAAGAGCCAAUUGCUAUUUAUACAAUUGAUAAAGUUUUGCAACCUAGAGAAAUUUUUAAAGGUGCGGUUGAGGAGGCUGAUGAGCCUGCUCCCGCACCUAAGGCUGCAAAAAAGAAAAAGAAGACGGGUAAAAAAGAAGGCGAGACGACCGAGGAUGAUGCUGAGGCCCCUGGCCCGGAUUCCUCCGACGAUUAUAGCGACGAUGAUGCCGCGGAUUCAACAAGUAAUGAUGGUGGAAGAAUGGUGGUGGCUCCUAUUAUGGCUGUUUUGGUGAUGUGUUUUUCAUGGUUGGCUUUGGUUUAAUUUUUUUUCCUUUUUUUUUUUUUUUUGAAUAUUUUUUGUCGGUGUGAUAAAGUAACAGCGGGUAUCAUGGGUCUCUCACGCGAUAUUUCUCAUGAAAGAAAGAAUUCUCUCUCUCUCUUUUUUUUUUAUAUAUAUUUUUGGUUUUUUUAUUUAAGGUUAAAAGGUAUUUAUUUGGUGUUAUUUAUCAAAAACAGAAAAAUAAUGAGUCAUUUUUUUCUUUUCUCUUUGUAAGUCGUUAUCAUUGUAAUUAGCUAUUUUGUGUUAUUAAAUGGAAAAUAUUUGUAUGAUA